AAUGAAAAGUUCUUCUAACUUUUUCGGAAGUGAACUGAAAAAAUAUAUGAAUUGAGAAUCAAAAUGAGCAAUAAAUUUAAGAAGCGAUCAAUUCCAAGUAAAAAUCCUAAACCGAAUUCAUAUUCAUUUCGUCAAGCUUCUUCAAUUUGGAAUUUGCAAGAAGAAUUAGGGACAUAUUUUCGUGUUUGAAGGUGAAAUCUUCCAAGAAAUUCCGAAGAAAAGAAAAAGGCCACAAUCAGGUCGCGCAGAACGCACCAUUGAUUCGUGGAAGAACGAAUCAACGCGGCGUCAUCAGUACUGAUUACUCUUCAAAUCUUCGCAUAUUCAAUGGAAGCUUCAAAGUCUUUGAACCGAAAUUCAAGCGAGAUUAGGCUUUUGUUGGUUGAUUUUCCUUCAUGUGGAGGCUUAAGAGUAAUAAACUAUAUCCUUGUCUCUCCGUACAUAAAGCGUUUUGGUCUCCAAUGGCCUCCGCUGCACUUCAUCCCUCGUCGAAUCCAGUUUCCUUGAACUAUCCGUCGUCUUCUCUUUUGGGCAUUAUAACACUUGCGGCUUCAUAUUUAUCAAACAAAACUCCAUCUCUUAGCCGAGGCAUGUCUUCUUCAUCAACUUCAUUGGCAAUUUCUGAGAACGAGACUCCUCUGGAUAACAUUGAACAGCUUGAAUUAUUGCCUGGAGUUUAUGAUAAUUAUGAAGGAGUUAUUGUGGAAAUGAAGGAUCCUAUGGAUCCAAAUGAAUUUGGUUCUUUGCUAAGAGCUUCAUUAUCUCAAUGGAAACAACUGGGUAAGAGGGGUAUUUGGAUCAAGUUGCCUAUUAAACUUGCAAAUCUUAUUGAAGUUGUUGUUAAGGAAGGGUUUGUUUUCCACCAUGCCGAACCUGAUUACCUAAUGCUCGUGCGAUGGAUCUCUGAAACUACAAAUAGUAUUCCUGCUAAUGCUUCUCAUCGUGUGGGCAUCGGUGCGUUUGUAAUGAAUAGUAAUCGAGAGGUGCUAGUGGUUCAAGAGAUCAGUGGCAAAUUCAAAGGUACAGGAGUUUGGAAGUUACCAACUGGAGUGGUUAAUGAGGGAGAGGAUAUUUGUGAAGCAGCAAUUAGAGAAGUAAAAGAAGAGACUGGUGUUGAUGCAGAAUUUGUAGAAGUGUUAGCAUUCAGGCAAAGCCACAGGUCAUUCUUUACAAAAUCGGAUUUGUUUUUCGUAUGCAUGUUACAACCGCGCUCCUUUGCCGUUCAAAAGCAAAAUUCAGAAAUUGAGGCAGCCAAGUGGAUGCCCAUUGAUGAAUAUGCAGAUCAAACCUUCGUUAAAAAGAACUCGGGUUUCGACUACGUGGCAAAAGUAUGUUUAGCAAAAGCGAACAACAAUUAUACCGGCCUCUCGGCGAUACCUACAUAUUCUUCCUCUGGUAAAAAGACUUACCUGUAUUCAAAACUGGACAUCUGAACUCCCGAUACCUGGGGAAAGGCUAUCUCUACUCCAACAGCAACAAUGAUACCUUCCUCUAGCCUCUGCAUUCCAAGAAGCUGAAAGGAAUCUGUGGAGUCAUUGUGUGUGUAGAUCAUGUCGUACCAUAAAACCAUCUUUACACGUUCGGGUUUUGGGGUUCGAGAAAAUUUCUAGUACCGAUAAUUUGUUGGUAAAUAGUUAGUCACAUGACUUGUCGAUUUGAUGCAUUCAAUAUUGUUUCUUAAAUGUUGACAAUAAGGGUGAAGAGUUAAUAAGAUGCUCAGAAUGGUACUAAAAUAAUGUACCAUAGAAUAUUUGAAGUACUUUUUUUAAUUGUAAUGCCAACUAUUUGUUGAGUUUAAA